AUAUAGAUGUCUUUUGCAGAUUUAUUUUGUUGAGAGUCCCAAGGUUUUCUCAAGAGCGUCAACUUGUUGUCUUGGAGGAGGAAGAGGAAAACACUACAAUCCAAAAGGGGUAAACAUUCUGCCAUUGACGAGGACACCUCUGAACAGGAAGAAACCUGUAAAUGGAAUCCAAUGCAGUAGCGCACAAUGGCGGAUGCCACUGUAGGAGAGUAAGCUGGAAAGUUCAAGCACCAACCAGUAUCGUAGCUUGGGAGUGCAACUGUUCUGUUUGCUUAAUGAGGGGCAAUACUCACUUCAUUGUCCCUUCUGAAAAGUUUGAGCUUUUGGGGGAUUCUCGACAGUUCCUUACGACGUAUACGUUUGGCACUCAUACUGCAAAGCAUACAUUCUGUAAGGUCUGCGGCAUAACUUCGUUUUAUAUUCCCCGGUCCAAUCCUGAUGGCAUUGCGGUUACGUUCAAGUGUAUAGAUCCUGGAACAAUCACUCAUGUCGAAAUUAGACGAUUUGAUGGGAGGAAUUGGGAAAGCUCGUACGAUCAGAGCGGCAUUGCUUCAUGUUCUAAGGUACUGAAUGAAGAGCCAAAAUAAUUUCGAGUUCUCUAGCCAGUGGCAGUAAUAAGUAUUGCUCAAAGCAAGUCUGCUACAUUUCUGAGUUAUAGCUGGUCGACCUUGUUCAGCAGGUGUCCAGAAUUGUUGUUGUUGAACCCUAAAUAAAAUGCAUUGACCAUUUGAGUGUUGUAAAAAAAACUACAAUAAAACCAUUCACACGCAUGCCCAACUAGA